GACGGUUAAAUAAGCGAAAGGGACGUGAAUCUAGUGCUCCGAUCUCUUCAUGGGCUCCCACUAUCCCUCACGCAAGCUGGGGCGUACAUGCGCAAGAAGAUCGUGUCAGCAUCGGAGGAGCGCCUGAUGAAGACCUCAUCGCUUCCAACGCUGUGACUAUGAGACCACAUUCUGAUCAUCUGCAACUCUUACAAUCGGCAAUGAAAGCCGCGUUAGAUAUCACACGACCAAUCUCAAUACAUGAAGCAGAUGUCCCAACUGCGUACUUGCAGUUGUUGUGGAGUCCACUGACGUCAUCACCCGCGUACCUGCAUUAGCCUUCGCCCCUCUCUGCCUCCCCCUUCUCGUCUGCCACUAGUUCUCAUACUCGACGCCUUCUCAGUCCAUUGCCCGAUUGCCGGACACUGUCAGAUAUUACGAGACCAUACUAGCACCAGAGCCAUGGCUGAAGUUGCAGCAGGCGCGUACGUUGCGGCCGAAGUGGUAGAACACACGGCAGAAGCAGGUUACGCCGCGUACAUCGUCUCGAAGCCCACGCUCCCCCUCAAAGUCACUUUCAAACGCAUAGCCACAGCAACCGGUGACUCUUCGGCCUCUUUGGCGCGUUCCAAUCAUACAGUCACAGUGCUCGGCAACAAAGCCUAUAUUUUCGGCGGCGAUACUGCGAACAACGUUCUUGCCAGCAACCAUGUGCAUGCGGUUACUCUUGAGCAUUCCGGUAAACCAGAGAUGGACUACAGCAUCAUUCCUGCUCUCUCAACAUGCGAAGGUGGUCGCACGCCAGCGGAGAGAUCGAAUCACGCAGCUUGUGCUUUCCACGGCAAUGUCGCUAUAUACGGUGGCAGCGAUAAAGCUGGCGAUCUCAUUGACGAGCAAUCGUCUGUAUGGCUGUUUAGUCCUGACAGAAAGAGCUGGGAUGUUUUACAACCCUCCAAGGGAGAUGUCGACACUGGAAACAUUGGCCCGGGCCCGCGGCGCAAUGCGAAGCUGUUCGCGCAUGAUCAACACGUAGUUUUGUUCGGUGGGGUCGAUGGCUCUGGGGACAAUGCAUCAGAUUUGUGGCAAUUCGACAUCGCUGCACGCUACUGGACGCAACUUCCAACAGCGCCAGUCGCGACAUCCAACGCCGCGUUGGCGAAUGGUCAAUUAUGGCUGAUAUCUGGAUCUGACCCAAUGAGCAGCCAGCUCCAUCAUAUUAGCGUCUCGUCUUCCAGUGAGGAGAGGAAAUGGGAGUCUUUCACGUUUCCUACCAAUCCACUAGCGCCUGGCCCCCGUGCGCGACAUGACGGCGCCUUGAUACCGGUGACUACUGGGUGGGGCCGUAACUACCUCGUCUAUCUCCUAGGCGCACGGAGCGACUCUUCUGCUGAUGUAUCCAACACCAAGCCAGAAGAUCCAAAGUACGCAGGCGAAGUCACCCAAUUCAGCGACACCUGGGUUCUGCAGAUCCCUGCAAGCGAUUUGGAGGCGAAGCCAUCGAUGACGCUCAAGAACACCAUUAACCCUGCAAAGAUCAAAGAUGCUAUCAGAUCUGCGCUGGGGGCUGAUACUGGUCACUUGUCGUGGGCGGAGGCGGUAGUGCAGACCCCUUCGGACAAACAACUGGAAGAGGAAGAUGGCAAACUCCAUCCCGGCCCAAGGGCUCUGUUUGGAUCGGACGUCAUGGAGAAGGGCAGCAGCGUAGUCUUCUGGGGUGGUGUAGAUGCGAAAGGUGAGAGAGUCGGUGAUGGUUGGGUCGCCAGUUUCGAAUAAGCGAGGGAUGCGUCACGACAUCUAUGAUGUCGAUGCAUGCAGAUUGUGCUGGCACUAUGAGGUUGCCCUAUACACUUCUAUAGUUUAGAGAUCAAUUUGGCGACUAAUAUCACACAGUGAUAAGAGCAGUGAUGAGAAUAGCAUCAUAUACUCAAUCGAGCAAC